UUGUUUCUCUCGCGAGAUCUGGCAACACUGGUGACGUCAUCAGACAGAGGAGGGAAACUAAAACAUGGCGGAGAGAGGCUGAAGUUAGCGUGAAGCGUCGGUAAAAACACACAGACCCUCGGCUCUACGCUUCACUAAGUCGGAUUUUUCGAUCGAGUUUUUUGCGUUAUUCGUUUUUUAUUCGUCUCAGACUGAAAUUUGAGUUCUACGUUGAGUUUCUUUCGUCGGUUUCAGCCUUAUUAGUCUGAGUUAGCCGUUAGCAUUAGCCGCGUUAGCUGCCUGACCAGCGGCUGCUUUUGUUUUUGUCUCAAAGACGAGACUUGUUGACUCAUUUAAAGACACUAUUUUCUUCAAGAUAGUGUUUUUCCUGAGCGGGAACUGAGUGCUUUAGAGAUACACUAGCUCGGGUGAGCUUUGUUUUGGUCCUGUCUGUUUAAUACAGUGAGUGAAGGGACAAACUGUGAGUCCUGGGCUUUGUUUUGUGAACAUUACAUCCAGGAAACAUGGAUUCAAAGCGGGCACAUUCACACAGUGAAGCUGAAAGUAGCCGAGGAGGAGGAGGAGGAGGAGGCAGCAGCGGUGACUCCAGCUGCGGCAGCCCGGCGUCCCCCUCCCGCAGCCCGGCUCCCUCCUCCCGCAGCCCGGCCCCCUCCUCCCGCAGCCCGGCUCCCUCCUCCCGCAGCCCGGCCCCCUCCUCCCGCAGCCCGGCCCCCUCCUCCCGCAGCCCGGCUCCCUCCUCCCGCAGCCCGGCCCCGGCGCUGCUCCCCGGGGGAAACGCGUUCGCCAACGACGGCAGCUUCAUGGAGAUGUUCAAGAAGAAGAUGGAGGAGCAGCAGAGGAAAAAAGAGACAUGUGGAGGAGCGAGUGCCACCGAGCAGGGACAGACACCAGUGGAAAAGAAGCCCCCUCCCGUGGCGAGCUUUUCUCCUUCAUUGGCAGUCCAUCUGAAGGGCUCCUAUAAUGGUUUCAGUCUUCUAUCCCCUAACCCAGGUGGGGAAGCGCAGAGGCGGUGUGUUCCUAAAGACCGGCAUGGUUGAGAAGAAGCUGAAAAACGACUCAGAAGCGGUUCCAGGCAAGAGCGAUGCUUGGUCAAAGUACAUGGCUGAGGUGAAAAAGUACAAAGCUCAUCAGUGUGGUGACGACGAUAAAACCCGGCCGCUGGUCAAGUAAGGUUUUCCAAAACGGGGGAAGCGACAAAAGUGUCUGAGGAGGAUACCGUUCUGGGAGACGCUCCGGGAGAGCUGGCCGCGAUCCGGAUCCUUCUCACACUGCCAGUCCACCUUCACGUCGACAAACUGCUUCGAUCAACUCUCAGUUUUUCCUUGUUUUUUUUGUAUUGUUUUGUGUUGCUGGUCAUUUGAUCUGGUGUCAAACGGUGUUUUCACAUUUUCAUUAUUGUUGCAUAUUUUCUAAUUUGUCAUGUCUGGGAUUAGGUCGGUGUUCUUUCAGAUAAUGAUUUGAUUUAAUGAGCCAGACGAAAGGUUUGAAUUAAAUCUACACUGCCCUUUCACGUG